GCAGAUUUCCAUCUACAUUACCUUCAUGGGUCCCGUUCGGACUGAAAAGCACUCUCAACACCCUUCAAGCUCUACAAAAGGAAAAACGAAUUCAAAUCGAACGAACUCAGAUCCCAAUGUCUUGCCAGGCGUUCAGAAGAUCAAGGCGGCAAUGCGGCAAGCGCGCAGGUUACUGGCUAAAGAUAAAUUAGAUGCCGAUGUUCGGGUACACACAGAACGAAAGUUGAAGUCACUGGAAUUGGACUUGGCUAAAGCUGAGGAAAGUCGGAGGGAGAGAACUUUUGCGACCAAGUAUCACAAAAUCAAGUUUUUCGAACGACAGAAAGUCUCCCGAAAAAUCAAACAGGCAAAACGAAAACUUGCUGAAGAUGAAGAUUCUUCGAAACAGCGACUUCAGUCCGAAUUAUUUGACCUUCGUGUCGACCUGAACUAUAUACUGCAUUAUCCCAAAACCAAAAAGUAUAUUUCCCUCUUUCCACCUGAAGUCCGUAAAGGGCAAGAAAAACCAGCCGAUGAUUCCGCAGCUACCAACGCAGAACGGGGUGAAGUUCGAAAUUGGAUACGUGAGCAAAUGGAGAAGGGCGCUCUACCAGGCGAGCCGGAAUCAACUCUGCAACAAGAGAACGGUAUCACGAAGAAGAGAGUCGCCCUGAAACCACAUGUUAAAUGGGACAAGCACGAGGUCGAGCAAGCGGACGAAAGUGACAGCUAUGCAAGAGGGGAAGAGAAGGACGAUUUCUUUGGCGAUGACGAUGACGAAGACGAGGACUCAUAAUUCUCGUCCCCUUUUCUUGGAUAUGUACGACUCCGUGCGAUAAUGCACAUCGAUAACACUCAGUUGACCCACUACAAGCAUUGCGUUCAUCCAUGGUCAUCUAUAUCAUAACAUUGGACGAUGUUCUGCACGGAUAUAACCUACAUCAUGCAGGAAGUCUUCAGGUGCAAGCUUGUUAACUGAAGAGGUAGCCACUAUACUAGUACGCUUUCUGUUUGUAGUAUUGAAUGGGAC